CCCGUCAGGUUCGGCUCAGAGACGGACUGAGGGAUUAGUCUGUUCUCACUCCUCGCUCGGUUCAACAUGGACUCAGUGCAUUUUCUGCUCUUCCUCGCAGUCAGCGCCUUCACUGUGAAAGUUUCUCUUCAGGGGGCAGAGCAGCACAGACUGUACCAUGACCUGAUGUCUAACUACAACCCACUAGUGAGACCAGUCGGCAAUGACUCUGAGUCUCUCACUGUUCACUUCGGUUUAACCCUCAGGCAGAUCAUGGAUGUGGAUGAGAAGAACCAGGUUUUGACAACCAACAUUUGGCUACAACUGUACUGGGAUGAUUUUUACCUGCGGUGGAAUCCAUCAGAUUAUCCAGGUGUGCCCAAUGUGAGAUUUCCUGACAAUCUCAUUUGGAAGCCAGACAUCCUGCUGUAUAACAGUGCUGAUGAAAGAUUUGAUGCUACGUUUCACACCAACAUUUUGGUCAACUCCUCGGGCACCUGUUCCUACCUACCUCCAGUUUCUUAUUAUAUUCAAUAUGUUUUUGUCUUGCCUUCACAGAUUGACUCCUUUGAGCUGCUGUAUUUCUAUGACGAGCAGCUCGGACACUUGAUGUGGUAUAUUCCUUUCUUCAUCAUCCUGUUCAUCUAUUUCACCGGCUGCUUCACCAAGGCCAGGGAACAGAAGAAGAUUCCUGUCUCUGGUUGGCUGUUGCUAGGACCCAGCUCCCUCUACUAUUGGUACCUGGUCACUGAGGGUCAAAUCACUGAGCUUUUUCUCCUCACCUUCCUUGCAAUGGUUGUCGUGGUGAUAAUCAAACAGCGUAAAGGCCUCAGCCCAGACAGCAACGGUCUCUUCCUGUUCUGUAGUUUCAGCGUUACUGUGCUGCUGGUGGCACUGUGGGUGAUCUAUCUGUGGAGCGACCCGGUGCUACGAAACAAGUACCCCGGACUCAUUUACGUGCCAGAGCCCUGGUCCUACUACACCUUACACAUAAAGCAGGACCACUGAGUUACAUCUGUCCAGCUUCCUGUGACAAAUGUAGAGGCUGCAAUCAACGUUGACGGAUGGUUGAGGACGGCUGUAGAAGUGCACAAACGUCACCGUUACGCCCAAAGUUGUGCUGGCUUCAGCCAUAUAUUAAGAAGAGAUUUGUCUCUUUUCUUUUCUUUUUUUUAUUGAUACUCAGACUUUAGCAGUUGGGAAGUUUGAUGUGAAUGUAUAUAUGUAAUCAGAUCUGUUACACCUCUUGCAUCUUGAGACCUCUGAGACCAUUUUGUGGCCAUGAUUGAUUUUAUAAAUAGGUCUGCACUGACAUACAGCUGGUGAUGAGGAAAGACUGAGCCUUUGCACUGCUCAUAACCAACACUUUAAUACUUCUUUAGGGAGGAGGGAUUAAAUACAUGUUUAAGAUUUUUCUAAUCCAAAUUACAUUUUUCCAAGCCCUGAAACAGGUGGUUCUGAAAGCUUUUUCUUAAUAACUAUCUACUUGAAUAAGCCCUACAGGGAGAGUAUCUGUUAUUUUAUUGAAGGAGUAAAAACCAGGACUGUGAUAAUCUGCUAAAGGGAAAAGGUUGUCUAUAGACCAGUCAAGCGGUUGGAGAAAGUGGACCCUUUUAUAAUCCAGCUCAAGGUGAAUAUACAGUAUCUAGAUACAUUUACUAGAACAUUUUCAAAUAAAUCUUACCUUGCAUAAGCUCAUCAAAUAAUUCCAUAACUCUACAACUGAAUGCUUUGAGGUUGAAAUAAGUGUUCAUGGUUGUUCAAUAAAUGUACGCCCGGUUAUGGUCACCUUCUCUGGCCCUUAAGAAUGAAAAGGAGAAGAAGAAAAAGAUAUGAAUAAUUCAUUCAUGUUACACAAAACAAUCCUCAAUAACAGGAUAAAGAUAAGUGGUACCGUUUGAAGAAUAACACCUUGAAAUCAGUUAGAAAAAAAACUAGUUUAGAUAUAUAAAAAAUAAAAAAGAUACAUUUAAGUUCUGGAGAAAGAUAAAAUAUAAUAUUAUUACCAAAAGAGGAAGAACACAGUAUUGAAGUGAAUUCUAAAUCUAAUUGUGACUUUUUUAGUUUUGAAUAAAAACCUUCUCUCAGGUAUUCAAGGUCCCACGCUUUGUCAGAUAUAGAUGAGCUUCAUAUGUUCAGUCAUCGACAUGAGAGCUGUGAAGAAAUGUCCGUAUUACCUAUUUCUGACAUGAUGUGUUUAAGCAAUGUACAAUAUAAAAGUGUUCACAAUGAAAAGUAUAUUGUAUAGAUGGUCUAUGAUUGUUCAAAAGGUCAAGGAAACAUGAGGUUACUUUUGAGAUAAAAAAGAAAGAUUUAUUAAACCGAUGUUUUGUGUUUGUUGAUUUGAUCCUUUCUUUGUUUACAUGUUGAGUUAUUGUUCUUAAUGUAAAAUGUCCUUUGUUACUGUUUUGUACAAUAUGGUUCCUUUGCUGUUGCUGGUAAAAUACUGUUUAGUUAGUGGUUUCUCACUGGUUUGGUUUCACCUGUGUUUAUGUUUAUUAAAAUUGGAAAAUUGA